CGAAGAUAAGUUUAUGAAAACUGGCCCAGUGCAAGUCGAUAGCUGAUAAACCUGAUGGACGGAUGGUCUGUCAGCUUUAACCUUGGCAUUAUCAAUAAUGAUAUGAAAAGGUCCAAUCGUAUUCGUAUGAUGAGUGGCACCACCGCUACGGCGGCAGCAACAGCAGGCGUUCUAGUGUUUAUCCGACAACUGUUUGCUGCCGUUCUAGUGUCUCUACGAAGACAAGAGAAAGUGGGUGCUUACUGCCAAUCAAUCGAAUCACAUUAGUCAUUUCCCAAUCGAUAGUGAUUACUGUGUCUGUCGUUCCAUUGCCCGCAGUCGCCUUGCCAGCCGCCUUGAAGUUCUGUGCUAUGGACUCGUCCAGGAAACGACAAAGAGACGAAGAUGACGAUGAUGGACGGCUUGGGGGAGAUGAAGAUGGUGGCAAGCAUUGGAGCAGUGGGAGGCAUGGGGGGGGAGUGAUCUUGGGGAAGGCAAGAUUGGCCCCUUUGCAGCUUUCGCCUGAGAGUGGGUGCUUGCAGUCAGCGACCCGUUUUCAGGUAAGCAAGGGGGCAGCAGGUAAGACGAGCAACCAGAUAGUGGAGCACUGUGCGCACCUGGAGCUCGCUUCCUUUCUCCGGGCGGAUUGUGGGGAUGGAGUGGGGGAGGCUGAUGGGCAAGGCCGCUCGCCGGCAGCAGCAGCGAUGGGCACGGGCGGCGUGACGAACAUUCUUCCAUCGUCGAGGGUGUCCGGCCCCUGCUCCCCGGGGCUGUGCAGCAGCUCUCGGGGUCAAGUAUCGUCCAACAGCUGCUCGACGUCGGGCGCAAGGGAGAGGGAACGGGAGAUGGAGAGAGCACUAAUCGAUGUGAAUGAAGUCCCGAGGACUGAGGACGACGAUAACCUGCUACAAGGGAGAAAGGGAAGACGUAAGAAAGAGAGCAGAGUGGGGAUUGUCAGGGUGGCGAGAGCAGCGGAGGACGAGGGAGAGGGGGAGGGGGAGGGGGAGGAGGGGGUUGUCCAACUGGAAGGAGACUGCUGUUUCGUAAAGCUGCCUGCAGGAAUGGCACCAGGAGCUGCUCGGGAGAUCGACGAGGAGGAGGGGAGCGCCGCUAGCUCCUCCCCCUGCGAGUCGGAGCUGGUACGUGCACGAGUAGCACGCUCUGGAAUGGCUGAUGAUGGCAGCGGCGGCGAGCCAUGCACUGCCGAUCUGCGGUUGGCAUGUAGCGGAGGGGGGUGUCCGACUGCCACGGUUGGGUGUAGUAAACGGCUCGAGUCCGUCGAGCGAUUGAGGAAACGAGUUGAUAUGGGCUUCAAGAAACUGGAGUCAAGGGAGCACAUCAUCAAUUGCAGUGAUUCCGUACGAGUGAGCUCAGGAGAAGAAGGGGUGUCCGCUGCUGACCCUCCUGCCAAGGUAGGAGCGGGAGCAGCGACCAAGAUGCCAAUGCAGCUGCUUCUGGGUCCUCGGGGUUCAAAGGAAUACACAGAAGAGAACGGAGGAGGUGGGCAAUUUCAGGCUGCGCCCUCGAUCGUUGGCAGGCGGUCCAGCUGCAGGGAGAGCGACGAAGCGGCUGACACUCUUCUCCCCUUUGGAGCUCAGCAGGUAACCACUGGUGGUGGAAGCAUGGUUCGAGCGGCGGAGAUGAGCAGAUGGCCGCAGCACGGUGGCCGCCAGCACCAGGCGUUGGAACAGCCGAUGCUCGCCUUCAGGGAGUCGUCAGAGGGACGGGAUCCAAGCUCGGUGGUGUUACGUCGCCGGCCUGCUCAAUUAGGACUGUUGGAAGUGUUGGGGGGGGGAGUGGGAAGCGAGGAGGACACGCACUGCACGACCACGGAAGGGACGUCCAUCAUGGGGAGGACAGGAGGGGAGGAGGGGACUGCUGGCAGGUCGACCAAGCUGGACGAGAGCGUUUCCGAGGAGGAAGAGCAGCAACGGCUGCAAUGGCCGUCUCUGCUCCAUUUUGGGGGACAAGAAGAGGAAAGUCGGGUCUCGACUAUGCUUCGUGUCGGAGUGGAGCCGGGGACGGAGACGACAAGGAGCUACGACCGAGACGUGCACCAGGAGCAGCACCAGGCGAGGGUUGACAGGCAGGGAGAGCGAUGGGCGGGAUCUCCGCCCUCGGGGAUGCCGUCCUCGUGCUGCACUCGGCGUUCUCGGGAGUCAGGCGGCCAUUGUGGAGUGUCCGGCCGGGAGCACAGCCCCACCUAUGCAUUGUCAGCCGUUGGGCGCCAUGCUUACGGUGGAGGGGACGCUUUGGGAGGAGCAUCCGGUGCUAUCGCCGGUAGCCGAGGUGUUAGAGGUGUGGAGGAUACCUUGAGCGUCUUCCAUGGCUCAGCCUCGCCUACCGUGGCCUGCUUCCAAGUCAGCGACAGGACUGUGGGGGGGGAGGGAAGGGGGAGGGGGAGGGCAACCACCACCACGAGUGAAGACCCGCAACGCUCUUGGAAAGGACCAACCAUGCCAGAAAGACGCGUUCGGAACUCGUCAGACUCUAGGGAUGGUACGCUUGGUGGGGGCGCAGGCCUUCGAUGCGAGCUGGUUACCAGGGACCAAAUCCACACGCCGUCGUCUCUCGUCCGGUCCGCCUCUGCAACAGCCUCCACAUCCGCUGCUGCUCUGCGUGGAGACAUUGCCGUCGGUGGGGGGAUAGAAGGUAGGUCAGAUGCCAAGUGUCCCUCGGAUGGGGGCACAGAGAGCUGGACACGGGGAUGGGGCGUCGAGAACGUGGUCGACAUCGGUAAUGCUCGGCGCUCAGGCAACCUUGCUUGUCACUCCCCUGGAUCUCCGUCGGCUGGCCCUCUUCCGUACGCAAUCGCCUGCUCCCGUCCUCAUGACGCAUGCGCUAAGCGCAGAGGGAUGGGAAGGGAUUCGACGGAAGGAAGUGAAGAGGGGAAAGUCGAAGGCGAUGAGGGGAUCAAGAAAGUUCGCCGGUUGCUGAUUGGGAAGACGAGGGAGGGGCUCGAUUUCGUCUCCUCGCCCGCGAAGACCGAUUGCGAGAGAGUGCGGGAAACGUUCUUCUCGUCGGCGGCUCAAAAUCAUCAUCAUCGUCAUUACCGCCCGGAGGCACAUCUGCAGCUGCUAUGGCUGCAACAGCAGAAGCAGCGUGAGCAGCUUGAGCAUGACCGGGUGCUGAGGGAAAAGUUGGAACACAGCAAUGUCGUGGAGGAGAGGGCCGCAAGGAACAGAGCGUUUCUACAGAUGGACGGGGCACAUCACCAGCACAAUCGCCUACGCCGUUCGUCGGUGCCUUUGGGUAGCAGCGAUGAAGACCGUCACAGGCAUGCUCCGACGGAACGCAACUCCUCCCUGUUUUCUGUUCAAUCUUCGGGCAGGGUUUCCUCGCUUUCCUCCCUUUCUUCUUCUUGUCUCGCUUUUGAUGCGGCAGCAGCGCCCACAGACGGCCCUCCGGGAUUAUCAGCAGUCGAUAGACAUGCCGCUGGCGGCUCUCGACAUCUCCCAUUUGCUGUUCCCUCUCGGUCGAACAUCGAGAGGGGGACGUCGGCGGACUUGCCCGUCAGGGACGACAAAGAGCAUUCGAUCGAACCAGCUGCGACGUGGCCGGGGGCCUUGUCUUCCCCCGUCAACGCUCGCGCGUUGGCCAUCCGUAAUUACGACCUGCCGGGUGCAAUGUCGGUCUCGGCGUCGGCGGGAUUGGGCGGGAUCGAUCUGUUCCGCUCCGCGGGGGCGCACGCGGAGGCAGCUGUUAGCGGCGGAGGGGAAUUCCGCCGUCAAGCACAGUCUUUGACGCCUGUCAAUGUCUCACUAGCGGGGUUGGAUGUUGCAGCUCCAACGGCUGGAUACGAGAGAGAGAUCUCCUGCUCCUGGGCAGUCGGAGCAGGUGGGGGGGGAUUGCAAGCAACUCCGUACCUGGGUAUGCUGCCCUUCCUGACGCGCCAGCAACAGGGUUCAGGCCACCCCAUUCUGGAGGCAUCAUCGGGGUGUCGCGCGGCGUGCUUGCCCUCUCCGAUUAUCUCGUCUAGGCAUGGCCGUUGUAGUGCAAUUCUGUCCUCCGCCGCCAAGUGCUUGUCUAGACGGGUAGGGGGACGGGAUGGGGCGCAGAUGCCAGCAGCUGGCGCAACAGCGUCCGCAGCGGCAGCGGGAGCUUCCCCAUAUGCGCACGGAGCAGGCUUCGGAGCGAUUCCCAUGGGCGAGCUCGUCCGAGGAAGCGAGCUCAGAGGAGUCAAUAGUUCCCCCUCUCGUGUUGGGCGGAACGCGGAGUUCAUGCGCGAGAUGUUCCGCCUACGGGGUACGACGGAUCUGACAGCCAUGUGCAUGCGAUCGAUGGAGCCAUCGACGGCGUGUUCUUCGUCUUGCACGGCUCCUCCCGGCCUUGAGCAGCACCAAGGCCAGCAGCAGCAGUCAAGCGACCAGGGGGGGGUGUCGGCGGCAACAGCCCUCGAAGCUUACAAGUCUUCAAUGGCCAUGCGGAGAGACCUUAUUUUCAGGGUGGACGGGCCGACGGUGCAGCACAAGGUGGGCCCUCUGAACCUCAACUGGACGCCCAAGGAAGCCAUCUACAGGAUUAUAAUCGGUGGGCUAAACCCCGUUCCAAGGAAGGAGUACAGCGAGGUCUAUGGAGCGAUUCCCAAGGUAUGGAUCAACGCACACGGCGCGCACAAGAGCACUCGUCUUCUGCAGACACGGGGGAUCUCAGAAGAGACGCUGCUGGGCGCGUACAAGCAGUGGUUUGGGAAGAAGCAAUGGGGACCGAAGCUGAAGAACCGUCAGGCGGUCUUCUGUAGAGUCAUGGAGAAGGAGAACGGGGUCGCUUUCUCGAUUGGUGGGUGCGCUCUCGUUAGGAGGAGCGUCAGACCAGACGUGCAAUUCUACAAGGACCAGCCCAUUCACUGCGAUGACGAGCCGGGUAUGUCUUGGUUGUGGCUGUGCCGGGUCGAGAAGCUCUUCUCUCACAGGGGAGACGAUGACAGAGUGUACGCUUGGGGAACAGUCCGUUGGUUCCACAGGCACCCGCUGACAUCCGCCGCUGAAGAUUCUUCCGCAGUUAUCAAGGGCAACAAUAACGAGAGCAACAACAACAAUAACUGUAACGCCAACAACAACAACAACAAGAACGUUAACAGCAAAGGUUUUCCUCCUCCUGCGCCUCGUCCUUCCACUUCUUCUCCUCCUUCAUCCACUUCUCCUUGGGCAGGUCGUUCGCAUAGCCAGCACCCUGCACGAGCCCAUCGUUUCUUGGAGUCGACGGAGCAGGCCUCGGACCACGAUGUGCCGCCUGCUCGGUACUUAGAACGAUUUCCCGCAGACGAUAGAUUCGCAUUGUCGAUGAACAGUAGUCGUGGAGCAGAUGAGGUAGCGGAUGUAGAACUAGGAGUAGGAGUAGGAGUAGGGUUAUUAGGGAGGGGGUCGGGCGUAGUAUUAGGAGGAGGAGGAGGUGAUUCGCUCUCUCCGCGACGGAGGAGAAGUGCACGCGACGACGACGACGAGGAGGAGGAGGAGGAGGAGGAGGAGGAAUUCAGUGCGCCGGCGAUUGAGCAUCCUCUCUGUUAUACCUCUUCUCCUCACCAUCGGCGUCAGCAGCAACAGCUUCAGUUACUUACCAACUCCAGCUCCUGCGCGGAAGGGAGAACGAAGAUGGCGGGUAGCCAGACCACCACGACGACCACGACGGGCGGGUCAAGCGCCAGCACGCGGUCCUCUUCCGCGGGAGGGGGGGUGAAGCUUCCGCUGCGCUUGGACGAAGUGGAGGACGCCUGCCCGGUGCCUCUCCAUUUGUUCGUCAAGGACAUGAAACUUGUGCACGACUGCAAGUGCGAGAUGCUCGAGAGAGAGAACGAUAGGUCAUUACAGGAAUGGGCGGAGAAGAAGGGGCAUUGUAAGACGGCCCCAGUGUGUGCAAAACAUGAGUUGCCUGAAGGGUAUUGCGUCUGCCAGAGACGACCUCUCAAGGGGACUGCUCAUGCCGACUGGAACCGAAACUACUGGUGGUAUACUGCAGGGGGACCACCUGCUGUCUCGCCCGUGCAAUACUCCCCCACGCUUGCAUUGUCCGACACGACAAGAUGUGAUCCUGCUCCUCCCCCUCCUCCUCCUCCUCCCACUCUUCGUUCCUCCUCGUCUUCCUCCCAGCAGCAGCACCAGCACGCUAAUCUACCGCUUGGUCUCUAGACGACCGACGAGUACAGCGUGAUCGGUAACCACCCAGUGUA